UUGACAGUCAAAAAAUGAUGACCAUGAAAAUUAUUUUAGAAAUACCGGUAUGCUUAUUAUAAGCAUUCAGUCCUAAAAGUGUUAGCGGGCCCAGGGGGUACUUUUGCCUAAUGGUAAGUCCAUCCCUGAUAUUUAGGGUUAGUCAAGAAAGGUAAAAGUUAGAGCAUUAGUUUGAUAUGAAGUGCACUCUUAUCAUCAUAGACAGAUGGUAGACUCAUGCAUCAGCUUUACAGGGCAUUAUCUUUUACAGGUGUGUGCCCCCUAAAGUAGUCUGUAAGUGCACUAAAGCUUAUUAAGAUUGCUGUUUUCUCUCAACAGGAGCUUUUGCAGAAAUCUGAAACGCAUUUUUGACAAACUUUCCACGUUCAGCCACAGCUGCCCUGCCUGCCUGCUGCGGAGCAGCUGUGGCUGUCUGUCAGCUUUAGUGCUUCACCGGGCAGGCAGAGCGUAAGACAUGGCAGGGAGGUAAAACAAAUUGUUGGACAAGACGCCACAAAACUCUGCGUGUAACUUUAAACCCUGGAGGCCGACUGUUACCAGAUUUCCGAAAGGUUUCAUCCUGGACAACGAGCAGCAUUUUUACAGGAAACAAAGGAAAUCAUUCAGACAUGGAGACUGAAGAGUGUAAGGCGAGAGAGGACUUCAAAACCAAACAAAAAGGUGGAAAUUUGGAGAAAGACUCUAAAUCUGAUACCAAAGCAGAGGAUACAGAACUGUCCAACGCCAUCAUGUCUCGCCGUUCUCAGCCCUCCUACUUCAGCUCUGAGACUUGGGAGGGAUACAACUUCUCGGAUCUGGAGAUCAGAAUCAAAGAGUCCACAGACGUAUAUGGAGCUGUUCUCUGGCCGUCGGCCAUGGUGCUGUGUCAUUUCUUAGAGGUCAACCAAGACAAAUUCAACCUGGCAGACAAAAACGUGAUUGAACUGGGAGCAGGAACUGGCCUCGUUACUAUUGUUUCCAGCCUUUUAGGUACUGAAACAGUUCAUGUACUUAGAUCAAAUUCCAACCUUAUUUAUUUAUUUAUAUUUUUUUUUUAUUCAAACUGCAUGGUUUCUUUAGGAGCUAAGGUCACAUCCACAGAUCUGCCAGAUGUGCUGGGAAACCUUCAAUACAACGUAAUGCGCAACACCAAAGGUCGAUGCAAAUACACUCCUUUAGUCACUGAGCUGAUAUGGGGUCAGGAUUUGGAUCAGCGAUUCCCUCGUGCCUCUCACUGUUUUGACUACAUACUGGCGGCUGAUGUGGUGUACUCCCACCCUUACCUCGACGAGCUCAUGAACACAUUUGACUACCUGUGCCAGGAGAACACACAGAUCCUGUGGGCCAUGCGCUUCCGGCUGGACCCGGAGAACAGCUUUGUGGAGCGCUUCCAAAAGCGUUUCCAUUCAGAAGAGCUGUAUGACCUCCCCAGUCUGAACAUAAAGCUGUUCAGAGCUUGGAGGAGGGACAAGUGGACCAAUGACAGCUGACUGCACAGGACUUUUGCUAUUCAUCGUUGUGUCAAUCUAUAUGAUGAUAUUGUGUACAAGUCACUCAGUUAUUUAAUAUAUUAACUGGUUUCAAGAAGUUACAAGACUCUGAAAUUGGACUCCAGACUAGAUUGUUUUGGGCAUUCCUCACACCAACUGUUGCAGAGAAUAUCACCGUAUGCAGAUGAUGGUGCAGAAGAAGUCAGUUUCCACUGUAAAUUGAUUAUUUGUGUCAAACAAUGAAUAAACAAAUGCAACUUCCUUAUUUUCAACAUAUCUAUACACAGGUUUAUUGGGGGAACUACAAUUUUUCUUUUUAAACAUACUUUUUUUUACACAGUUUUGCACACAAGUUUGUCCGCUUGAAAAGCAUGUUAGUUUAUUCAUCUGGCCUUAAAGUCAUGUGUUUUUGACCAAAACAGAUGGGUUUUUUCUUCAGAUAUAAUUGUGAACAGUCUUUUAUUUAACUAUAAAAAGUUAAUUCACAUUUUUUUACAUUUAAAAUUUAACUAACUUUGCCUAUCUGUUCAGUUUUUUGUGUGUUUUGAAUUAGGCUCAAGCAAUCAUGUGUCAAUACU